AUGUUUAAUUUUCAAGAAGAAUCAAAUGUAUUGUUUGUCACAAACAAUGAUAUGGUCUAUGGGUUCGGUGGUAAUAGCAAUGGAUGUCUGGAUAUUGUUCAAAUCAGUUGUGGAUAUUAUUCACAAGUAUUGGCUCUCGGCAGCGAUGGCCGGGUGUAUGCCUGGGGUAAUAAUGACUCGGGACAAUUUGGUCGUGGUGAUACAAAUGGAUUAAAUUGUGAACCAAUUGAAAUAGAAUUCGCUGGUCAGGGCGUUUGCACCGAACUCAUAGGAAAGGGAGGUUUUGGCGCUGUGUAUAAAGUGGAGCCUAAAGUGGACGCAGAGGUGUACGCCAUUAAAGUGGUUAAUAUUCCCGCCGAUAAACGCAAACAAGUGCUAAAUGAGAUAAAAAGUUUGGAAAACGUGCGCUCAGUAUAUGUGGUCAAGUAUUACACCUCAUGGAUAGACAACGUCAACAAUCGGCUAUACAUUCAGAUGGAGUAUUGCCCGCAAAGUCUGCGCUCAGUAUUGGCCGCAAAAGCGCUGGCAUUUGGCCGACAAUUGGCGGAACCGAUGAAUCUGUUUGAGUAUUUCAUAGCGUAUAAAAUAUUCAAACAAAUCUUAGAGAGCGUUCAAUAUCUUCACGAAUUGGAUCCACCGGUCAUUCAUCGGGAUCUCAAACCCGACAACAUUUUGAUUACCAAUACAUUAAGCGGUGAUAAUAACAAUAGCCGGCGAUUCGUAAAAUUGGGUGACUUUGGUUUGGCCACUGUUCACGACACGAGCCGACACACUGACAGCCGAUACGAGCACUCGGCGGUCGGCACUUAUAAAUAUAGAGCGCCGGAACUCGCAAUCGUAUGA